AUGUCAACCAAGGUGUCUGACAAUGUCCUUCGCUGGGCACACUCGCACCCCAUCGCGGCCGGGAUCUUGGGGUUGCUCCUCGUAGCGACCCUCUACAUUGGACUCAAGGAUGCAACAAAAGGUCCAUCCGUUUGGGCACACUUCCCUGGCCCUGAAAGAAGCUCAUACUUGCUCGGCUACUCGCGCGAUUCCAAGAAGAAGUUCGGCGUCAAGAACCCCAAGGCACUCGACCGCGAACCUAUCAUCGGAGAUGCUGGCACAGACAUCACUGAUGAUCCCGGUGUCUCCAAUGCAAGAUUGUUUGAAGAACAUAACACGGACCAUCUCGUCUUGCCUCGUCCUUUGGGCGGCGAGCUUCUCGUCACUCGGGACGCAGCAACGAUGAACCACGUCCUCAACGACAGCUACAAUUAUACACGCAGUUCCGCCGGCACCAAAGCGACCAAGAUCAUCAUCGGUAACGGCAUAGUAGCUGUCUUCGGCGACGGGCACAAGAAGCAACGAAGAAUGCUCGCACCCGCUUUCAGCGUCGAUUCGCUUAAACAGCUCAUGCCAAUCUUUACGCAUGCCACAAACCAAAUGAUGGAUCGAUUCGAAAAGGAUACCUCGCUGGAGAAGAGGUGGGGACAUGGCGUCAAAGAUACUGUCAAGUGGUUUGGCCGUGUCACACUCGACAUUAUCGGCCGUGCAGGUUUCGACUAUGACUUUGGAGCUGUCGAACAGGGUCCCAACGGUGAAGCAGUCCGAUCGACCUUCCACGCAGCCAUGACAUCGACAAUGAAUGUCAAGCCACUCGAUGCCAUCGUGGGUGCAUUCAUGUUCUUUGUCGUUCCUUCUCUGCUCUACAUUCUCCCCCUCACGGAUAAUGUAAGAAAACUGCGCGAGAUGCGAAGCGAGCUCAUCAAGACCUCGCAGAAGAUCGUUGAAGCUAAAGCCAAGCAGAUUCGAAAGGAGCUCGAAGCGGGUGUUGAUGCCAAAGAGACUUUUGGAGGUAGGAAGGAUAUCUUGCAUCUUCUCAUGCGAGCCAACAUGUCACCAGAUAUUCGAGAGGAAGACCGAUUGUCAGACGAGGUGCUUGCUGGUCAGAUUAUCACGUUCAUCUUUGCAGGUCAUGAAACGACGGCAACCACGAUGAGCUGGUGCACUUACUUGCUCGCUCUCAACCCUGAGUAUCAGCGCAAACUUCGCGGCAAGAUGCAAUCCGCCCUUGGUGCGCUCGGCAAAGACGGUGAAGCAAUCGGCGACCUCACCUACGCCGAUCUCAACAGCGAAGAGAUGCGACCCCUGGACCAUUGUAUUCAAGAGACCCUACGUCUGCGACCACCGGUAGUCACCACAUUCCGUUACUGCAAAAAGGACGACCAACUUGCCGUCACAAGGCCAUUCAAUACAAAAGACGGUCGCACACUCAGCUCAAUCCCCGUCACAGCUGGAAGAGAAAUCGCUAUCUCUGUCACAGGCAACAAUUUGGACGAAAAGUACUUUGGCCCUGAAACUCAUCUCUUCCAACCCGAGAGAUGGAACAAUUUGCCAGAGUUGCACGCCAAGUCGAAGCUCCCUUCGCCUUACGGGUCGUUCGUGUUCAACGGUGGACCCAAGGUGUGCAUCGGUAGCAAGUUCGCUAUGACCGAGAUGAAGAUCAUCAUGAUCCGUACGUUGGCCAAGUAUCGAAUCGAGCCGGUGGAAGGGUUGAAGUACAAGAGCGUCGAGGCGGUUGUGCAGAGGCCGGCAGUGAUUGGAUUCGAGAAGGAGGGCAGUCAGUUGCCUUUGCGCUUCAUUAGCGAUCCGUUGUAG